GCCCGAGAGAUGACUCUGGGUUUCAGAGACGGAAAUUUUCCGGGAGGGACGGUCCGGGAUUCACCAUGGAGCCAGUGGCAUCCUGGGGUCCUGGGUCGGUGGUGGCCUGGCUGAGAGGCCUGGAUGACCUGGUACAAGAGUACCCCUUUGAGGAGUGGGCCCUGGUGGGGAGUGAUCUGCUUCAGCUCUGUCCUCGGAGCCUGGAGGCCCUGGGGGUCUAUCACAUUGGCCAUCAGGAGCUCAUCCUAGAUGGAGUGGAACAGCUCCGGACUCUGAGCUCUGGGCUAGAGACUGAAAAUCUCCGGAAGCUAACAGAGCAGCUGCAGACCCUAACCCACAAGUUGUGCAGUCUUGUCCCAGGCUGCCUUGGGGCCAGUGGGGAACCCGCCCCAGAACUACUCACUGGAGCUAUCGAGCUGGUCCGAGCAGCUUGGGCCCUUCUCUGCUGGCUCAACAGGUACCUUUUUUCUCAAAUCAAUGACUUCUCCGCCUGCCAGGAGAUUGGGGAUUUGUGCAGAGAGCUGGCCCAGGUCCUGCAGAAGGUACUGAAGGGGAACAGACGUGUCAUUCCAGGAUUUGAGGAGAGAUCUGGAGUUGGGGACUGCCCAGUGGCACAAAAGGAGGCCCAGAUCCUGAGGCUUGGUGACAACAUUCUGAGCAUCUGUGACGCCAUUCUGAGUGUCAGCCCUGCCGACUUGCUGGACCAGCUAGCUCUCUUGGAGCUGGUGGAGCUGAGAGCCAGGCAUCCGGGGGAGCCCUUGGGCCUGGAAAUCCUAACCACCAACAGCUGCCACCACUUUGUGUCUGGAACAGCCCCAGAGUCUCCUGCUGACAGCUGUUCCCAGAUCUUGCUUGGAGACGAGAUCGUGCAGGUCAACGGGCAAGUGGUGGUGGGCUGGCCCCGGGCUAGCUUAAACAGGCAGCUGCUCCAGGACCCGGCCGUCCUCAGACUGGUGCUGAAGACUGUUCCUGUGCCCAAGACUGACCCUCAGAGCCCCUUGGACAUUUCCUGCUCGAGGAGCCAAUCACCAGACUUGACCUCCCCAUCUCCUAGAGCCUCAGAAGAAAAAGCAACUGCCUUCGUUUUUGACCAGAGCUCAGACCCAAGAUCCCUCAGGUCCCCUGAGGCAGGCCCAACCACACCUUUAGCCUGUGGCAAUAUCUGGGGCCCUGACGGGGCACCCAGCUCCCCCAGAGUAGCAGAUCCCCACCCAACAGCCCAGCCAGGCAUAGAGGAAACUGAGAAUCACGGAUUCCCGGAGCCCCUGGACAAGAGUCCUUCCUGCACUCGGAAGAAGUUGAAAUCCAAAGGGGUGGCGACCCGGCUGAGCCGGAGGCGGGUGUCAUGCCGGGAGCUGGGCCGGCCUGACUGUGAUGGGUGGCUCCUGCUUCGGAAGGUGCCUGGAGGUUUCAUGGGCCCUCGCUGGCGCCGCUAUUGGAUGGUACUGAAGGGUCACACCCUCUACUGGUACCGCCAGCCCCAGGAUGAGAAGGCUGAAGGGCUGAUCAAUGUCUCCAACUAUAGCCUGGAGAGUGGUCAAGACCAGAAGAAGAAAUAUGUGUUCCAGCUUACCCAUGAUGUAUAUAAGCCCUUCAUCUUUGCUGCAGAUACCCUGGCUGACUUGAGCAUGUGGGUGCGCCAGCUGGUGACUUGCAUUUCCAAGUACAAGUCUCUGAGCCGAACUCCUACGCCCAAAGAGGAAGAGUGUUAUAGUGAGACAGAAGCAGAAGACCCCGAUGAGGAAGCAGGGUCCCGCUCAGCCUCACCCAGCCCAGUAGGAGUCUGGAGCUCUCCCCCUGGAGAUGCCUCCCCCUCAGCCACAACCCCCCAAGGCAGCCCCUCAGUGUCACAUAGCCCUUCAUCAGCCUCAGACAGCAGCAGUGAGGGAGCUCUGGAGCACCUGGUCCGGGGCCUCCAGCGGGGGGGUGUGUCCUUUCUGGGGCGCCCACAGUUCUUGACCCAGGAGCAAUGUCGCCGCUCUUUCCUGCGCCGUGCCCAUGACCCCCAACUCAAUGAGCGGGCCCAUCACGUGCGAUGCCUGCAGAGCACGCUCAAGGCGAAGCUUCAGGAGCUACAGGUCCUGGAUGAGGUACUGAAUGACCCCAUGCUGACUUCUGAGAAGUUCAGGAGGUGGAAAGAGAAAAACCAGGAAUUAUAUUCAGACAGGCCUGGAGGCUGGGCUGGGACAGUGGCUGAAGGGACUUCAGCUUCCCUUCCUGACCCUGGAACCUGAGGACCAUACUUCCUUUGACCCCAAAGAGCACUUGCCUCGUGACAUCCAAUGCCCAAGGCCACCUGACCUUUGACUCUGGGGGAAGGGAGGACAUUUGCCUUCUAAUCUCUGACCCAGGGAGUUCCCAACCCUGGGUAGGUGGAGGUAUCUAUCUACCACCUGACCUCUGAUCUUAUGCUCACCCCACCCUGGCUUUGUCCAGGAUAGGCUGGUCGAGGUCCCCUCUGGGGUCUGAGUAGGGCUGAGAACCCCCUCCCUAUGCCUCCACCCUCAAUUUCCUGACCCCCAGGCUGUUGGGGUGACAAGUGACAAGUCUCAAUUUCCUGCUUCACAGACCUCAGCUCAGACCCCUUCUCCUUUUCUCCCUCUCUUGGUUCCCCCAAAUUGUCCAAUCUGUUUGCCUGCAACUCAAAGCCCACGACAUGCUGCCUUCUCUCUGGCCAGAACUGUCUGAGGAUGGGGAGAACAGAACCCAGCAUCGUUUUAGAUCUUAUCAAUUCCCUCAAAGAGGGAAAAUGAGAGAGCAGAGAGAUGAAAACAUGCAUUUGGAAGGUGAAUCCAGAAGUGGGGGGCAGGGGAGGGGGAGAAGUCAAGGGACGUGAUCCCCUAUUCUGGUCAUGCAGACUGCUCAAUCCCUACCUCUCCCCCUACCCCAUGCUGCACACUCAGUACAGGUGUACCUCAUUUUAUAGAAUGGCUGCAUUAAAGCAAAUUUACUCCAGUGUCCCUCUGACUGGUGGUCUACAACCAGAGGUAAGCUCUCAGAGGAAGCAGGGCCCCAAUAUCUCAAGAUCACAUAAUCUCAAGUUUGGAGAAGAGACCUCAGGGGCCAUAGUGUGUCCUAAUGGGACACUCUUCCUGAAAAGGAGUCAACCAGCUUUUUGUCUAAGGUUUCUAGGGAGGGGUAGCCCACCACUUCCAGAGAACAACUUAGACCACUUUUGGAUUACUGGUUGUUAGGAAGUUUUCCUUAGGUGAAAUCUACAUGGUAUGGUAGAUAGAGUGCUGGACUUGGAAAUAGAAAGAUCUGGGUUCAAAUCCUGCCUCAGUUACUAGUAGUCAUGUGAUCCUGGAGAUGGGGUUGGGGUUAGGGGUAAAAUAUCCCUGAAAGUUCAUGUUCUCUUUUGGUUCAUUAUGUCCCACUGCCCUUGAGUUUUCUCUAGUUAUAGCUCAUGUCUUAGGUUUCCACAGAUGUUCGGAAAGAGAAGGAGGCAUAGUCUCUGAUUCUUAUACAAGCACUCAUAUUAACACAUACAUAUCAGGUAUAGGAUAGCCUCCACAGAAAAUGUAGAUGAUUCAAAGGGGUCCAUAAACAGAUAAAAUAAACAUAUAAGGCAUGCAAAGAACUCUGGACUCGUAAAAAUAUAGAGAGAGCACAUGAAGUAUUUGAAGUUGUUUCCCUUCGAAAGAAUGAAACUCGGGAUUGCCAGGGGGGCAAUACUCUAACAUUUUGCUGACUCAGUAGCUGUGCUACAGAAUUCUAUAUAGUCCCUCCCAGACUUGUAGUACCUCCUAUAAUUUCAACCCCAAAAGGAAGCCACACUGCUUGAUGAACGUCCCCCUCAACAUCAAAGGUGCAUUGUCUAAAUAGUAGUGAAAAGUGGCAAGUUCCUCUUUUGUCCCCCCACGUUGAGAACUUAGUCUAACUUCAGGAGUUAUGUAGGUAAUCCUCUUUUUCCACCAAUAAACACACUGCCCAGGAACCAUUGAACUUGGGGUUAUUCCUGAAGCAACUCUUAAGGAUAGUGCUGCCCAAGAAAUCUCUCUUCUCUGGCUGGAAGACUGACAACAUGCUCUCUAGGUGGUCAAAGUCCCUCCCUCUUGCCCCCUCAGAAGGUUGGGGCUCAGGAACAUUGUUCACAAGUGCCCUCAGGCCCCAUGGACUGGAACGCAUCUACCUCUGACAUGGACUCCUGCAGGAACUCUUGGUGUUCCAAUGCUAUUCCAGCUGUUGCUAAUUCUUUGGCUGGUUCAUUCUCAGUUCUCCAGUUCUGACCUGUGCUUAGAAAGAGAGACUGUGGCUAGGAACUUGAGGUCCAACAAUUCCCUUCUCAGGCCACCUGGGCAAAACACAUACAAUUUGCCAUAUGCUUCUGCUGCAAAUCUCCAUCGCCUGUUCUUUGGUCAGGGAGCAGAAGGCAACUCUUCUUCCCCCAACCCCACCAUACUCCUAGAAAAAAGGGUACCAGGGGAAUAGGUCAAAAUGGCGUCCGAAAGAGAUGAGCAGAUUUGUUGGCUCACUUGUAUAGAUGUUAACAGAUGUGUGGCAUCUCCAACGUGAUCCCGUCAUCCUGAGACUCAGCAGAUCAAAUCCAUCUUGUGACAGUCCCAUUCCCAAAACCCAUCCCCUAGGAGGAGCCAACCUAGCCAGUUCAUCUUAGUGAAGCCCUGGUCACUGAGAACUAAUGGGUAGCCUGUUGUCAUCUUGCCAAGGGUAUGUCCAUAACCUGGGGUCCGUGAAUUUGUUUUUCUAACAUUUUGAUAACUACACUUCAAUGUAAUUCAUCUGCCUACUAAUGCGAUGUAUUUUAUUGUAUGCAUUUUUAAAAAUAUUAUUUUUA